CAAUGAAGCUGAACUUUUGAACUUUUGUCUUAGUUCACAAUGAUGAUGCGUGCGGCCGUGGGUCUCUGGGUCCUAUCAGCGGUGAUCUGCGUCGGCAGAGGCCAUCACCAUUUGGGUCACAGCAUUGACAAGACCGUCCAAGACACUGUAGCGGACGGCAGCGCCAACAGCGUCUCCCUGGUGAACGAAGCAAACAAAGACUUUUCCUUCCGACUCUACAGGAAGUUAGCAGCUCACACUGACUCACAGGGAAAGAAUAUCUUCUUCUCCCCGGCUAGUGUGUCGACUGCCCUGGCUGCGUUGUCCGUGGGAGCGCAGGGGGAGACGCACCGUCAGCUUUUCAGUGGUCUGGGUUUCAACAGCUCCCUCCUGACGCAGACAGAUGUGGACCAGGCCUUCCAGACGUUCCUCCAGAGGGCCAACAACACGAACGAGCCGGAGUUCCUGCAGACCCUGAAGCAGUCAUACUUCGCAGAUGGGUUCAAUGUGGACUUCACCAAAACCAGAGAAAGUACUGAUACCAUCAAUAAGUACGUGGAGGAGAAGACCAACGGGAAGAUUGACAAGCUGGUGGACCUCCUGGAUCCAAACACAGUCAUGUGUCUCAUCAGCUACAUCUACUACAAAGGAAAGUGGGCGUCUCAGUUUGACCCUAGGCUCACCAAGCAGGGCGACUUCAACGUGGACGAGAACACCAAGGUUCACAGUUACAUUCUUUCAGAUUCAGUGAAUGUUUGUCUUCUCCCCCCCCCAUGUUUUAGCAACCAUUAUGUAUAUAUUCCAAAGUUCUCCAUCAAGACUUCCUACAAGCUGAACGAUGCGCUGGCAGGAAUAAUGACAGACAUGUUUAGUGGUGGUGCAAAUUUGAGGAGCAUUUCAGAGGAGCAUGGACUGGCAGUCUCAGAUGUUGUGCACCAAGCUACGCUGGACGUGGACGAGGCCGGAGCCGAAGCUUCAGCUGUCACAGGAAUCUUCAUCGGAUUUUCUGCCAUCUUGGACCCUGUCCCUGUGUUGAAGUUCGAUCGUCCAUUCAUGGUCAUCAUCACUGAACGUAACACAGAGAAAAUCCUCUUCAUGGGCAAGAUUAUCAACCCAACCAUCUGAUGGAUCAUCACUUUGUGUUUGCUCGAGCACAGCUGUUGCAUCUCAUAUAAAGGAGUCAGAAAAACUUUUGUUUUGUUGUCUCUUGCUUUAUUGAGAAUGUAAACAGUUUUUAUAUAAUGAUCUUUGAAGGUAAAAUAAUGUAGGGAUAACAUAUGAUCAACUUCCAUAAGCAUUUGAUAUUCAUUUAUAACAGAUCAGAUUU